AUGGCGAGAGGAAUAUACAAAAGGGUUGUUGAAGAACCAAGAGAUGCAAAGGAAUAUAUAUGGAUGUUUAAUUAUACGGGGGAUAAGCUAGCCGAUUUGUUGGACACUUUUAUUGAGGAAAUAGGUGAAAAAAAUAUUGUUCAAUUGAUUACUGACACUGGAAGUAAUUAUGUAGCGGCGGGUAAAGCAUUAUGUUUGAAGAGGCAUCACAUGUUUUGGACUCCAUGUGCUGCCAAUUGUAUAGACCUUAUGUUAGAAGACAUAGAAAAAAUUCCAAAGGUUCAAAAGGUUAUACAAAAAGGGUUUAAGGUUGUGGGCUACAUUUAUAACCAUAUUUUUGCUUUGAAUUUAAUGAGAAAGACUACCGGCAAUGUUGAAUUGGUUAAACAAGGAGUGACAAGGUUUGCUACCCAUUUCCUUUGUCUGCAAAGGAUGCAAGAACUAAAAGGAAAGUUUAGAGAGAUGUUCACUUGUGAAGAAUGGACGAGUUCCAAGUAUGCCAAGGAUGCUAACGGACAAAGGGCAACUACUACUAUACUUAUGACAUCAUUUUGGAAUGAUGUACUCUACACUCUUAAGUGCAUGACGCCUCUUGUAGAUGUGCUAAAAAUGGUUGACGAUGAAAGGAAACCCGCAAUGGGAUACAUAUAUGCCGCAAUGGAGGUGGCGAAGGAAUCAAUUGAAAAAGCUUUCAAUUCAAAUUCAAGCAAGUACAAAGUCGUAUUUGAAAUCAUUGAUAAAAGAUGGGAGAGUCAAUUUCAUCAUCCGCUACAUUCUGCAAGUCACUAUCUCAAUCCUGAAUAUUAUUAUGUGAAACUAGAAAUUGAGAGUAAUGGUAAAUUGGUGAGAGGCCUCCGUAAGUGCAUUGAGACACUUAGUGAAAGUGAUGAAGUGGAAGACUUGAUUUCAGAACAAUUGGCACUAUACAGGGGUGCUACAAGUCUCUUUGGUAUAAGUGCGGCAAUUAGAUAA